AUGGCAAAUAAUACAAAUAAUCAACGACCUGUUCAUCAACAGCAAGUCCAGCAACAAGCCGUCCCUCAUCAACAAGGAAAUUUACAAGCUCUAGCUCAAGCAACAAAUCCUCAACGUAUAGUUGCUCCAGCAGCCAAUCCUCAGCAUAUUAUUGCUCCAGCAGCCAAUCCUCAACACAUUGCUGCUCUAGCAACAGAUCCCUCAAUUACUCAAUAUAAUCAAUUCGAUUUAAUUCAAGGCAACGAGUUUCUGUUAAACUUUACUCACACGUCAGAUGCACCAGAUUUUACUGAAUUUCUGUUUAAAGGGGAUAAACAGUUCGCGUAA